AUGACCGUGGUUGCGUCAAGCCCAAAUCCUUCGUUUCUGUCGAGGUGUGCAAGCGCCGCCCCCGCCGGUCCGCCUGGUAAGAAAUCUCGUCUCAUCGUCCUCGUCGUCCUCGUCGUCGCAUGCCCCUGGAGAAACGGCAGUCCCGGAUGCGAUGGUAUCCGACUUCUGGCCCCGGGAGGUCGCCAAACCACGCGUCCUUCUUUCGGUUCGCGUUCCAUCCCCAACGACGAUGCGCUCGUUUGCUGGCUGGACGCAUCGAAAUGCUCGCUUGUCAGACCCCUAUGGGUCCCCGUUCGUGAGUCCGAGAUGAAAGGACGCUAG